AUGAGCGCUGCUAUCCUCCCCUCGUCAGCCAUAUCUUUCGACUCUACAUUCUCAUCCUUCGACAACGCCGUUCCCAGCGAUGACUCUCAAAAGUUUGAUCCUCCCUCCCCACCUCCCCUGCCACGCGCUUCCGUGAUUGUCUUUGGCUCACAGGGCUCGGAUUUCCUAAACGCUUUCGACGCCAUCAUCGGCCUUUCACAUUACCAUGCCGAGCUCGCUGCUUUCCUCUCCUUGGCUCUUACAGCCGUCCGCGCCGAGCUCCAAAGCGUCGCGAGUCGUUAUCAUCACGUGCCCGAAUCGGAUGAGUUCACCACAACAGGCCAAAGAAAAGCCGAAGUGGAGCUCUUGGCCUCCCUUCCUCCCUUUGAGCCUUUUGCUGGGCUCAGGACACUCGUAGACUUUCAUCGUCGUAGCCAGCAGAAAGAUCCAACGAUCAACGGUGUGCUCCUCUGUCUUCUCCAAACCGCAAGCGUCGUCGCAGUUUGCUGCGUGGCACACCAUGACCAGGAUGACCCGCAUGCACCCUCGACCGCAUCUGGCCUCAAGCGAGCCUGGAAAGCUUUGACGCAACCUUGCUCACACUUGCUCGGCUACUGCACCGGCGCUCUCUCUGCCUUCAGCCUUCGCGAGAUGGUCGAGCACGAGGCCACAGCAUCAUCGGUCGACAUCUGGGCUUACGCAAAGGAUGCGAUAAGAGCUAUUCGUAUCUGCUUUUGGAUCAGCCUGCGCUCAGCGCACGCUCGUCUUCGUCUAAUCUCGGCAGACGAUUCUGCAACUGCAUCCGAUCCCUGGAGCUUCCUCGUCUCGGUCAAAGAUCCAGACCUUAUUCAAAAUGUCUACCUGUAUCUUGCCCGGUUCAACGAUCUUGAGCAACAAAGGCCACUCGAUAAACCAAUUCCCCUCGUUGUCUCUGCCAGAGCACUCAAUCAGAUCUCAAUUGCUGGUCUUCCAAGACAGCUGCAACGCUUCAAGGCCUACUUACUCGAGCACCUCGGUUCCAAAUGCAAGAUGUUUUCUCUAAAGUUGUUCUCUCCUUAUCAUAUGUCAGAUCUCGCGCCCGAAGCAGAUCUGGUCAUGCGCGAUCUCGAGCAUCGAAAGUUGGUCGACCCUUCCAACUUGUCACCAAGCCUCAAAAGCUUAUGGGAGACGAAAAACGCCAACAUUCUAUCCGAGGCCAAUUUGCAGGAAGCCUUGCGUGUUCUUGUAGCGACCAAUCUGUGUGCCACUGCAGACUGGAAUGCCAUGGUCGACCAGUUGGUUUCUCUGGAAGGCGAGCUCCCUCGUUCCAUGCACCCGGAAGACCGGGUCGUUGUCUCCUUCUGUCCCGGUGCCAGCCUUGGCGCCGACAUUGCAAUGCGUCUCUCCAGUCUCCACGACUCGUGUGAUUCGAAUGGGUCAGUCGUCCAUAUCGAUGUGUCUGCUGCCCUUUCGGAGCACUUGAUGCAUCCGUACUAUUCAGGACUCGAUGUCCCGUUUGUAUCCCAAUCCGACGUCAAUGGCGAAGAGGUUGUGAUUGUAUCAAUGGCUUGUCGUUUCCCUGGCGAGGUGUGCAACCCCGACCAAUUUUGGACUUGCCUUGAAACAGGAAGAUCGACGGUCACAGAAAUUCCCAAGCACUUGUUUGACAUUGAUGCAUACUAUGGCGACGGCGUCAACCAGACUAUGGCAAGACACAUGCAUGCCUUACCCGAGAACGUGGUCAAGUCGAUGGAUGCACGUCUGUUCAGCAUGUCUCCAAAAGAGAUCGAGCAGCUUGAUCCUCAGCACCGUCUGGUGAUGCUUUGUUCUUACGAGGCACUCGAACGGGCAGGAUACUCGGCCGAAGCCAACUCUCCUUCGUCUUUCGACGGCAAGCGUAUCGCCGUCUGUAUGGCCGCGAGCUGGGACGACUACCGAGAAAACGCCAGUUGGAACAUUGGCAGCUACUUUAUCACUGGCAACAUCCGUGCCUUCAUCCCUGGUCACGUGUCCUUCUCACUCAACUGGGAAGGACCCAGCGUAUCGGUCGAUUCACUCGAAUGUUCGGCGGUAUCAGCAUUACAGUGGUCUAGACGCGCACUCCUGAGCGGACAGUGCGAUGUGGCACUUGCUGGUGCUGUCAACGUUCUGACACAGCCGCAAAUGUUCAUCGCUAUGGACAAAGAAGGUAUCCUCUCUCGUACUGGAACGAAUGCUACGUUCUCCUCCAAACUCGAUGGAAAGACGAGAGGCGACGGAUGCGGUGUUCUGCUGUUGAAGCGACGCUCAACAGCACUUCGCGAUGGCGACAAGAUCCUCGCCACUCUGCCAGCUGCCAGGACCACUUACCAUGGUAGUGCCCAUGAGAGUGAGGAAGCUAGCACCAACCAGUCACGCUUUCUGGCUCGAGUCAUGUCCGAAGCAAGUGUUCGUGCAUCCGAUCUCAUACACAUCGAAGCAAGCGGAUUCCAUACACAACAAGCAGAGGCCGCCGAGUUCGAAUCUUUCAGCCGUCUGCUACCUCAAUCCCAAGGUGAUCGUUCAUCCCAGGUCAGAGAUAGGAUCUCGGUCGCGAGUUCUCGGCCGAACAUUGGUGCAGGCGAAGCGGUGUCUGCCAUGGCGUCGGUGAUUAAGGCUGUGCUCAUGUUUCAGCAAGGCAGUGUGCCACGACAGAUCUCCAUCUCGGAUCCGUCCGAGCUUCAGCCCAGCAUUACUGCGAUCUGCGCCGGUUCAUCUUUGUUUGUUCCAACGCAAGCGCGAAGACUGCCGUCCGAUAGAGACCACGAAGGCCGACACGUUAUCCUGGUCAACAGUCUCGCGAGCACAAAUUGCCAUGGAGUCGUGCUGGUCGGUGCACCAACGACUGACGACGUUGCACCACUGCAGAUUCGUUCCAAAGCACUUGACGCCACUUUUACACGCACAGAAGGGACCUGGGUCUUUCUGCUCUCCGCAAAGACGAGGGAGUCAGCAGAGAUGCUAAGAAAGGCCCUGAUCGACUAUCUUCGCCGUGACGUGAAUCUUGCCGAUUUGAGCUACACUCUUACUUGUCGCAGGACGCAUCACCCGUUCCGUCUGAGCGUGGUAGCCUCGGACAAAGAUGAGCUGGUUCGGUCUCUGCGUACCGCUGAGUUCAUCGAAGCUAAAGCGCUGGCCGAUCUUCCGGCGUUUGGCCUCGUCCUUCGCCAUCCUGAGCGGUCAGCUUGUCAAAACAUGGAAGGAUCGUUGGACCUUAUCGUUGGACUACGAGAUCGCUUCGAAGAACUGACAUCAGUUAUGGGUUACUCCGAAAUUCCAGCCGAUACAGAGCGGAAGCUGAAUUUGAAGCAGGUUUGUCUAGCUUUGCUUCUCGACGACUGCGGCGUCCACCCAUUGUCUUUCCAUGGCAGCUAUGAUCUCAUGCAGCUCUUGCAACGCUCGUUCCCAGCAGCGAAAGAAAGCGAUCUGUCCAAACGCUUUACGUGGAUUCACAUCGGAAGCCUGAUCAGCAUAUCCACCACCGAAGCCGCGGAACAAGCAAAGCCUGCCGGUUCCGUGGCCGACGGUCAGAACCAGCAAAGGUCAUUGCUCUCCACGCUUGGGUCUCUGCAUCAAAAAGGUCACUGCAUUCGUUGGAUCGAGUACUUCCGUCCUCUUCUGGCGAAACUUAACUUUAUCGAGACGCUGCCCACAUAUCUUUUCAACCUUCAGCAGCACUGGAUGGAGUAUCACGACCGCGAUCUUCUUCCGCGAUCGGCUUCCAAGGAGGGUCAAGGUGGACAGAGGAUCCGGCACAUCAGUGAUGGCGUUCUUUACUCGCCUUCAAGCCAAGUCGAAGCUUGGGUAUCGCCGUCGCAGCCUUUGCUAAGCGAGCAAACGGCAGCAGACGACAGAUUGAGGACGUACAGCUCUAGCCUUUUCGAUGAAGCUGCUGCAGCCUUGCUGAGCGAAGCUAGCCCGGGAGCUCUGAUCGCGGAGCUGGUAGUGGAAGCGAUCAAGGAAGCUUGCGAAUCGAUUGAGGGAACCGUCGAAGCCUAUGAGCAUCGCCCUGUUCGGCUUUAUGAAUUGUUCUUGGCCGAAGUGGUCAAGCAAUGGCCAGCCACUGGCAAGGUCAAGCUUUCAGUGAAGUCGGUGCAGCAGACAGGGAAUCGAAGCGAAGGGACAGUUCAAAUCUCUUUUGACGCUACUACUUCGCCUGUCGGCGAAUGCCGAUAUGAAUGGAUCACGCAGACAAACAUGCAUCAGAGAUGGUGGAAGCUGCAGAAGCUGCUCGCAGAGAAGAUUUCGACGAUCAAAGACAAAGGCGAGCUCUUCUCUCCAAAGCUCAUCUAUAAAACCCUCGGAGUUGACCCCACGACGACUACGAUGUCGAUCCACAGCGCGUACCUCGACUGUCAAUCGAGCGAAGCGGUCGUUUGCAACACCAUUCGUACGCACACAUCUGCUGUUGGACAGAUUGCACUGCCGCAGCUUCUGUCCAGUCUCGAGGAGAUUGCACGCUGGUUUGUUGGCGACAAACCAAGCUCGGCUGAUGGCAAACUCACGUUCAUCGGCGUGGACGAGCUGCUCAUUUGUGCCGAUUGGCUUGAUAGCCUGACUCGACCAGCAGGUGCGUCUGUCAGCUACACGGCCUACAUCUCGCAGAGUCACACAGAUGGUUCAUUGCGUGCUUCUACAGAUGGGCUGGAGCUUGACAUUUUGAUCCUCGAUGGCAUGCACAAGGUCGUUGGGGAGCUCAGCCGUCUUCGACUCGCAAAGUGCAACAGCACUGCGAAGAAGACGACGUCGAAGUGUGCUUCAGAGUCGACUCUGGCGCUUUCCAGUGGUGUCAAGACAGUGUCAGGGUCAUUUCCGGUGCAAGAGCCUGUUGAGCAACACAAGGAGCCCCGAUCGACCUCUGCAAAGCCUGUAGCAGGGAGACAAUCGAGCCGAGCAAUGGGACUGCACGCCAAAGUGCUCGAUGUGCUUGCUUCCGAACUGGGCGUUGCGGUCGAGGAGAUGAAGCCCACCGUUAAGUUUGCCGAUCUCGGACUGGACAGUCUCAUGUCACUAGUUUGCAUCUCUACUCUAGAGACUAUGAACCUUGGGCUUGACAUCCCGCAGUCGUUGUUUAUGGAGUGCGACAGCCCUGCAGAGCUGUUGCAGUUUAUCCGGGAGCAGGUCAGUGACGGAACUGACGUUGGCCAGUUGGGGCCAGACGAGUCAACAAACGCAACGGAGCAAGUUCAGGGAAGCGAUGCUGUGGUUCAAUUGUCGCCGAGCGCCAACGCAGCUGAGACUCAGCUGACUGCGACGACGGGCCAGGGCAGCUCUGCGGUGGAAGAGGCGAUGAAGGCGAUCCGAUGCACCGUUGAGACGGAGCUCGGUGUUGACCUAGGAAGCAUCGAUGAGGAUGCCAACUUGGCCGAUCUGGGCAUGGACUCGCUCAUGUCGCUGCUCGUGCUUGGAAAUUUGUCGGGAACGCUGCCGAUCGAGCUGCCUUCGUCGCUUUUUAUGGAUUGUUCAUCGCUUGGCGAGAUCCGGUCUUUUAUGACGAGCCAACUCGGAGCUGCACGCGACUGUGCUCGCUCGGACACUGUGGACCAGCGAGAUUCGAACUCGCAAAUCGCGUUCUUUCUUCCACCUGUCAAGAAACCAAUCCUCAUCCGCGAAGGGAGCAGCUCUGGCAUGGACCCGCCGUUGUUCCUUCUGCCCGAGGGAGCAGGCAUGGCGACGGUCUACCAACAGUUCCCAGGCAUUGAUCGAGCGAUCUACUCGAUCAAUUCGCCGUUUCUAGCCGACACCUCGGCAUGGACGGGCGGGAUCGCCCAGAUUGCGCGGUACUAUCUCGAGAGUAUCAAGCUAAUCCAACCGGUGGGUCCGUGGCUGGUGGGAGGGUGGAGUUUCGGUGGAAUGGCUGCGUUUGAGAUCGCGCGUUUGCUCGCUGACUGUGGUGGAGACAAGGACCGAGUCGCUGGACUAUUCAUUCUCGACUCGCCCAGUCCCGAAUAUCCUCCUCUACCGAUGAGCAUUCUCGACUGGAUCAACAGCGCUCCCGAAGUGCGCGACAUGGCGCCGCCCACCAUGUCUGCCAAGCUCAUUGCUCACUUCAGGGCUACUGUCGAUAGCCUCGUUGGCUGGGAGCCGACGACGAUGCGUGCCGCCGACGAGGCGAGCAAACCGCUACCGAAAACGUGGUACAUUGUAGCGGAACAAGCGCUGCCUGGCAAGAUGGAGGAUGUCAAAGAGCUCAAUGAAACCGUCAGGUGGCUCUUCCGAUCGAAGCGCGCAGAGAAGAGUGGCGCAGACGGCUGGCAGCACUUGAUCCCACACCAUCUCACAGUGAUCGGCGUGGCUGAAGCAAACCACUUCACCAUGGUCAGACGUCCUAACGUCGGUCAGGUCGCACACAUCUUGCAGAACGCCUGUCGGAAUGCCUUGCUCAACUAG